GUUGAGGAUGCGUUUCGUAUAUAAAGUAGCUGCAUGAUUCUGGUGUCCAUCUCAUCUUUGAGUUCAUCAAACACUGUUGAGGACAAAGUCAUCAAAAUGGAACCACUUCGAAAGAUCACAUACCAGUAUGCGCACCAUGGCAUACCGCUCGAAUGCGAUGUAUAUGAUGCCAUCAAUUAUGCAAAUGAUGCACCUGUCUUUCUUUUCUUUCAUGCCGGUGGCCUUGUAGGAGGGAAUCGGACCUGCGUCCCUCCUUGGCUUGUGCAGACAUGUUAUGAUCAAAAGUGGCCGUUGAUUAGCGCCAGCUAUCGACUUGUCCCUCCGAUCGGAGGCAAGGAGUUGCUCGAGGAUGUCACGGCCGCAUAUCAAUUUGCCAGGAAGCUGGGUGACGGUGUAGACAGACAGGUCAUUGUUGGCGGUGCCAGUGCCGGACUGUUCAUGGCGAGUUUGGUACCCCAUCAUCUUCAACCUCCACCCUUGGCUUUACUCUCUAUCAGUGGAAUCGCCACAUUUCACCACCCCUUCUUCCACUCGUCUACUCAACUCACACCACAUCCAAUCCCAAAGAGUGAAGUAGAACACUUCUUCAAUGGCCCCGUCAUCGUUGGAUCCGUACCAGAAUACGAGCCCUGGGCUUUCUAUCCCGCGAUGCUAUUGCCUUCAUCCACAGCCAAGAAUUCGGACUAUGUUCACCCAAAGGCCCCUGCAGAGAAAUCUGCGUUUGAAAAGGAAAUUGAGAAGCGGGAUACUCUCUAUGACUAUUUCCUCUACGAGAAUGCGUUCGGUGGUAUAGUCGGCGAUGUUGACCCUGGGUUUGACUGGGCUUUGGAAAGGGGUGAAAAGUGGGAGGCAUGGCCUCCGACUAUCUAUAUUCAAGGUGAUGCUGAUGUGGAUGUUGAUAAGGAUGUGUGUGUCUCAGCUGCAAGCAAGCUUGGUGAAAAGGCGAGAUUCUUCAUGUCUGAAGGACAACCGCAUUUGUUUGAAGCGAACAGUUUUCUGGAAGAGGAGACUCCGGCGAUGGAUCAGGUUCGGGCUGCAAUUGCUGAGCUAAAGGUUAUCGUCAGUCAGGCGUUAGGAGAGACUAAAUAGUCUCAAAUCUCAAUACAACGUCAGAACUUAAUAACUAUGGCAGGACAAUCAACUUGAAAAACAAUUCAUUGUGUAAGAAUAUGUCUCGUGAUGCGGU